CCACUCCCGGCGGAGCAGGCCCUGCGUCUCGGCCGCCGCCGCCGCCGCCGCCGCCGCCGCCUGGGCGCGCGGCCCGCCUCGAAGCGCUUGUUCUCUCCCUUCGCCCCACCCUCUCGCUUCCCCUUCACGGAAACGACAGCUGCGGCGGCGGAGCGGGCGCCGCCUCCCCCCCCCUCCCCCGUCUGCCCCCGCCACUCUCGCCCGGCGCCCCAGCCCGGCCGCGGCGCCUCCCCGCUAGGUCAGCCGGCAGCUCCGCCCGGCUGCCGCCCAGGAUGAACAUCAUGGACUUCAACGUGAAGAAGCUGGCGGCCGACGCGGGAACCUUCCUCAGUCGUGCAGUGCAGUUCACAGAAGAAAAGCUUGGCCAGGCGGAGAAGACAGAACUGGAUGCUCACUUAGAGAACCUUCUUAGCAAAGCUGAAUGUACCAAAAUAUGGACAGAAAAAAUAAUGAAACAAACUGAAGUGUUAUUGCAGCCAAAUCCAAAUGCCAGGAUAGAAGAAUUUGUUUAUGAGAAACUGGAUAGAAAAGCUCCAAGUCGUAUAAACAACCCAGAACUUUUGGGACAAUAUAUGAUUGAUGCAGGGACUGAGUUUGGCCCAGGAACAGCUUAUGGUAAUGCCCUUAUUAAAUGUGGAGAAACACAAAAACGAAUUGGAACAGCAGACAGAGAGCUGAUUCAAACAUCAGCUUUAAAUUUUCUCACUCCUUUAAGAAACUUUAUAGAAGGAGAUUACAAAACAAUUGCUAAAGAAAGGAAACUAUUACAAAAUAAAAGGCUGGAUUUGGAUGCUGCAAAAACCAGACUAAAAAAGGCAAAAGCUGCAGAAACUAGAGCGUCACAACUAAACUCAGCUCGCCUUGAAGGAGAUAACAAUAUGGUAAAUUUCUCUUACAUGCUCAACUUCCUGCAUGUAAAAUGGCUGAAGAUUUGGGCAGAGGAAGUGACAAAAUCUGAACAGGAAUUGAGAAUAACUCAAAGUGAAUUUGAUCGUCAAGCAGAGAUUACAAGACUUCUGCUAGAGGGAAUCAGCAGUACACAUGCCCAUCAUCUCCGUUGCCUGAAUGACUUUGUGGAAGCCCAGAUGACUUACUAUGCACAAUGUUACCAGUACAUGUUAGACCUCCAGAAACAACUGGGAAGUUUUCCAUCCAGUUAUUCUAACAACAAUCAAACUUCUGUGGCCCCCGUACCAUCUGCUUCAUCAAAUGUGAUUGGUUCUUCUGCCUUGACUUCAACAAGUGGCCUAGUAAUCGCCUCUCCUACCAACCUCAUUGACCUUAAGGAGUGCAGUGGCAGUAGGAAGGCCAGGGUUCUGUAUGAUUAUGAUGCUGCAAACAGUAGUGAAUUAUCACUUCUAGCAGAUGAGGUGAUCACUGUGUUCAGUGUCGUUGGAAUGGAUUCAGACUGGCUAAUGGGGGAAAGGGGAAAUCAGAAGGGCAGGGUGCCAAUUACCUACUUAGAACUGCUCAAUUAAAUAGGUGGACUAUGGAAAGAUUACCCAUCAUGACACCAGUAUUUAUAUACAAUUAACUCUAAAUAAAGCAGGUUUAAGUAUCUUCCAUGUUAAUGUUCUUAGGAGACUGAAAAGAAAAUACCAGCCAUCAGAAACCAGCCUUUCUGCCAAUAAAAUUGCAUGGUGAAUGUUUCAUUACAGAAUUUAUGUUAGUGCUUUCAUGCCAAGAAUGUUUUCUUACAAAAUUCUCUUUCUACUGAGGUUUCACUAAUAAGCAGCUUCUACUUUUGAGCUCCAACUUAAAGCAGAAGAACUGUUUUCUACUGAAUUUUUAAUUAUUGGCAAGCUUUUUCUUUUAUGUAAAAUAAAUUUAUUGUGAAUUGA